CUGUUCACGCGCAAGUAUGGCGAGGAUCCUUAUGGUCGUAGCGGCCAUGUGCAUGCUGGGGGCUCUUGGGGCCGCAGAGGCCCUCGCUCCUCCUCUCACUCUGACGUCUUCCCCCUCUCUCCUCGCCCCUCGCCUCCUUCCCCUGUCCUCAGACUCCCUGCUUUCCGCUCUUGAGCAGGCCAAGCAUGCCGGAUUCAACCAUGGCGCGAUCCUCGCACUGCGGGGAGGCAACGAUGACGAGGAUGGCGACUUGUUUGCUGAUGGAGACGAAGAAACCACCGCUGCAGCAGAAGAGUUGAAGAAGAAAGCUGAAGCGGCCAAGGCAAAGUCAUCAGGAGGACGAGGACCAGCGAAGACUGCGGUGGUGAUAGACGUCAAAGGUCUUGAUGAGAAUACCGACUUUCAGGAGGUGGAGAAGUCUGCGCGAGAGAUCAAAAUGGAAGGAUUGCUGUGGGGUGAAAGCCACUUGGUCUCCAUCGGGUACGGCCUCCAGAAGCUGCGGAUCACAGUGGUAGUGGAAGACGACAAGGUCAGCAUCGAUGACUUGGAGGAAACACUUGGCGAAAUCUCCGGAGUCCAGAGUGUUGACAUCGUCUCCAUGAACAAGAUUUGAUUCUUAGAGCUUAGAAUAUCACAAGAAUGAAUUCGAGCGCCCGUCA